AGCUAUCUCGCUCUCAGCUACGUUUGGGGCGAGCCACAGCCUCACAGCACAAUCAUGUCCAACGUGUCUGCGUAUACGCGCGGGAUCGAGCCCUCCCGCCUUCCUCAGACCAUCCGCGACGCGAUCCAGGUCACCCACGCGCUAGGGUUUCAGUACCUCUGGCUAGACACACUAUGCAUCAUUCAAGAUUCGGAUGACGACCGACAGCAUGAGUUGGCGCAGAUGCACGCUAUCUACCGCAACGCAUAUCUGACAAUCAUCGCGGCAAGUGCUAGGCGGGUCAGCGAGGGGUUCCUUCAAGAGCGGCUGCCUAACGACCCGCCGCCCAUCCGACAUGGUGAAGUGUCCCCCGACAUCCGGCAUCUACCUUUCAUAUGUCCCCCACCCCUUCUCUCUCCAGCGCGAGCCGGCCCUAGCAUGGAUGCAGAGCUAUACAACCAUACAUGGGAGCCCAUCAGCACGCGCGCAUGGUGCAUGCAAGAAUACAUGAUGUCCCCGCGCGCGCUCCUCUUCACCUCCCAGACGCUUCAGUUCCGGUGUCAGACCACGACGAAGAACGUCGGCGACUCGUUCUACUCCCCCGGGCCGUCCGAGCCGCUGUUCCCGACGUCGCCCGGCGAAGAAGGCGGCGAGCGGCGGCUGCCCAACGCGCUCUUCCUCCCGUCGCCGCCGCCGCUCGAGUGGCAGAACUCCUACGCGUGGCUCGAGGUACAUGAGGCGUGGCUGCGCCUCGUGCAGGACUAUACGCGCUGCGCGCUCACCGUCCCCGCAGACAAGCUCCCCGCGUGCGGCGCGCUCGCCGCGCAGUUCCAUCGCGUCCUCCGUACCGACUACCUCGCGGGUCUGUGGCGCGAGAUGCUGCUCAACGACUUGCUCUGGCAGCGGCAGCGCGCCGCCGCACUCCGCGCGCCCGCGGCGUACCGCGCACCGUCAUGGUCGUGGGCGGCCCUCGAUGGGCCGAUCGGGAUGCGGAAGCGGGAGCCCGGGCAGACGGCGCUCGCGAGCGUGGUACGGUGCGACGUCGUGCUCGAGGACGCGGCGCUUCCAUUCGGCCAGGUGAAGGGCGGAACCUUGGUCUUGCGC